AAAGUGUUGUGGCAGAACCCAAAAUCCUGGCAUGUGGUGCUGUAAGUCUUAAAAAAAACUGCUCUUACCAAGUUUACAACCAUCUGAUUCCCUCAAGAUGCAAUUAAUGAGAAAGCACUGAAAAUUUAAACUUCAGAAUCAGGCUCUGCCUUGAGUGAAGUUUGACGGAAAAUGGUCCAGCAGCUUUGUCUCUGGAAAUGGUUCACAGUGGGGAUGGCACUUGCUGCUGUCCUGGCAUGGGCUCUGGCCCAGAAUGAUGAAGACUGGCAAUAUGAGGAUUGCAAGUUGGCCAGAACAGGUCCUCCAGCCACAAUAGUUCCCAUUGACGAGGAGAGUCGCAACGGCACUAUCCUGGUUGACAACAUGCUGAUCAAAGGGACAGCAGGAGGGCCUGACCCCACCAUCGAGCUCUCCCUGAAGGACAAUGUGGAUUACUGGGUGAUCCUGGACCCCAUCAAGCAGACCUUGUACCUGAACAGCACCGGCCGUGUGCUGGACAGAGAUCCACCAGUGUCCAUCCAGUCCAUCGUGGUGCAGGUGCAGUGUGUGAACAAGAAGGUCGGCACCGUCAUCAACCACGAGGUUCGGAUCGUGGUGCGGGACCGCAACGACAACUCCCCGCAGUUCCAGCAGCAGCGCUACUACGUGGCCGUCAACGAGUUAACUCCAGUUGGAACAACCAUCUUCACAGGAUUUUCUGGAAACAAUGGUGCUAUUGACAUUGAUGAUGGUCCCAAUGGCCAGAUAGAAUAUGUCAUCCAGUAUAAUCCUAAUGACAAGACUUCCAACAGGACCUUUGAUAUUCCUCUCACUUUGUCUGGAGCAGUAGUUCUGAGGGAAAGACUAAAUUAUGAAGAAAAGACUCGUUACUUUGUCAUUGUUCAAGCCAAUGACCGAGCCCAAAACCUGAACGAGCGAAGGACGAGCACGACCACCCUGACUGUGGAUGUGCUCGAUGGGGACGAUUUGGGACCCAUGUUCCUCCCCUGUGUGCUGGUGAACAACACCCGGGACUGCAGACCCCUCACCUACCAAGCCAGCCUGCCAGAGCUGACAGAUCCUACCCGUGUGAAUCCCAUCAGUGUCACUCCACCCAUCCAAGCCAUAGAUCAGGACCGAAACAUCCAGCCUCCUUCUGAACGACCUGGCAUCCUCUAUUCCAUCCUAGUUGGUACUCCUGAGGAUUAUCCCCAGUAUUUCCAUAUGAAUCUCACAACGGCUGAACUGACUCUCCUCAAGCCAGUAAACAGGGAUUUACACCAGAAGUUUGACUUGGUUAUUAAGGCUGAACAAGACAAUGGCCAUCCUCUCCCUGCCUUUGCCAAUCUCCACAUCGAGAUCCUGGAUGAGAACAACCAGAAGCCUUAUUUCACAAGGUCUACCUAUGAGGGCUUCAUCCUGGAAUCCUCUCCAGUGGGAACGACCAUCUCAGAUAACCGGAACCUGACCUCCCCCCUGCAGGUCGUGGUGCUGGACAACGACGUGGAAGAGACCAAGGAUCCGCAGGUCCAUCUCUUCCUGAACGACUACACCACGUUUUUCACUGUGACUCAGAGUGGCAUCACCCGCUACCUCACCCUGCUGCAGCCUGUGGACAGGGAGGUCCAGCAGCUCUACACAUUCUCUAUGACAGCUUCUGAUGGAGUCCAGGAGAGUGUCCCAGUGACUGUCAACAUCGUGGUGAUUGAUGCAAAUGAUAACACCCCGACCUUCUCCAACAUUUCCUACAGUGUCAAGAUCUAUACGGAUAUGAGGCCUGGGGAAGGUGUUAUAAAGCUGACGGCCGUGGACGCGGACGAGGGAGCCAAUGGGCGGAUAGUGUAUGAAAUCCUGGCCGGGGAUCAGGGAGACUUCACCAUCAAUGAGCACACAGGCCUGAUCACCAUCGCUCCAGGAGUGGUGCUGGCAGUGGGGCGCUCCUACGCCCUCACGGUCAGAGCGUCUGACAGUGCCCCCCCUGCACAGAGAAGGAGCUCUAUCACCACUGUUUACAUCGAGGUGCUGCCUCCCAACAACCAGAGCCCUCCACGCUUCCCACAGCAGAUGUACAGCCUGGAGGUCAGCGAGGCCAUGAGGAUCGGUGCUGUUCUGUUAAACCUGCAGGCUUUCGACAGAGAGGGAGACCCCAUCAAAUACCUCAUUCAGAAUGGAGAUCCUCAACAAGUUUUUAAUCUCUCUCAAAGCUCUGGCCUGCUGGCCUUGGGAAAGGCCCUGGACAGAGAGAGCACUGACCGCUACAUCCUCAUCGUCACAGCCUCGGACGGCAGACCUGACGGGACAUCGACUGCUACUGUCAAUAUAGUGGUGACAGAUGUCAAUGACAACGGACCAGUUUUUGACAUGUUUCUCCCCAAAAACCUCUCUGUGCAGGAAGAGGAAGCCAAUGCUUUUGUUGGUCAAGUAAGGGCUACAGAUGCAGAUGCUGGGGUCAAUGGGCAAGUCCAUUACAGCCUGGCAAAUUUCAACAACCUUUUCCGGAUCACCUCCAACGGCAGCAUUUACACAGCAGUGAAACUGAACAGGGAGGUGAGGGAUUACUACGAGCUCAUCGUGGAGGCGACAGACGGAGCUGUGGACCCCCGGCGCUCCACGCUCACCUUGGCCAUCAAGGUGCUGGAUAUUGAUGACAACAGCCCUGUGUUUACCAAUGCCUCCUACACUGUCUGCGUGCCAGAAAAUCUCCCACCAGGAACUGUCUUCCUGCAGCUGGAGGCCAAAGACGUGGACCUGGGUGCUGAUGUGAACUAUAGGAUCCGCACUGAGGAAGCCCAGGAGUAUUUUGCCCUGGACAAGCACACAGGAGAGCUGUCGCUGCGGAAGUCCUUGGAUUAUGAGUCCUUCUCUGACACAGAAGCAAUCUUCACCUUCCUCGUGGAAGCCUUCGACAGCAAGGGCACGAUGCCUCCUGGGCUGGCCACUGUCACCGUCAGAGUCAAGGAUAUGAACGAUUACUCGCCAGUGUUCAGCCAGAAGCUCUACAGGGGAAUGGUUGCUCCUGACGCAGCCAAGGGCACUGUUAUCACCACGGUCUCAGCUGAGGAUGAGGAUCCCCCGGGCACCCCAGCAAGUUGGGUCCGCUACAAGGUGGAUGUUGUCCAGUUUCCCUACAGUGCCAGUAUUUUUGAUGUGGAGGAAACCUCUGGACGUGUCGUCACCCGAGUGAACCUCAAUGAAGAGCCCAGCACAGUGUUCAAGCUGGUGGUCAUUGCCUACGAUGAUGGGGACCCAGUGAAGUUCAACACCACCAUGGUGGAAAUUGUGGUGCUGCAGCCCUCAGUCAUUCCACGCUUCACACAGGAUGAAUACAGACCUCCCCCAGUGAGUGAAAGUGCCCCGAAGGGAACCGUGGUCACCGUUGUCACCGCAGCCGCCCUGAACCAGACAGUCGUGUACUCCAUUGUGUCAGGGAAUGAAGAGGAUGUGUUUGCCAUUAACAACAGAACAGGAGUGAUCUCUGUGAAAAAGCCUCUGGACUAUGAAAGUGUCCAAAGUUACGAGCUCCGAGUGCAGGCAGACUCACUGCAGGUGGUGAGAUCCAACCUGCGGGUGCCCUCCAAAAGUAAUACAGCCAAGGUCUUUAUUGAAGUGAAGGAUGAAAAUGACCAUGCACCUGUUUUUACCAAAAAGAUGUACAUUGGAGGGGUGUCUGAAGAUGCCAGAAUGUUUUCUUCUGUGCUUAAAGUGAAGGCUGAUGAUAAGGACACUGGGAAUUACAGUGCCAUGCAAUACAGGCUCAUCAUUCCCCCCAUCAAGGAUGGCAAGGAAGGCUUUGUGAUCGAGGCUUACACGGGGCUGAUCAAAACUGCCAUGCUCUUCAAAAACAUGAGGAGAUCCUAUUUCAAGUUCCAGGUCAUUGCCACUGACGAUUACGGCAAAGGACUGAGCAGCAAAGCAGAAGUGCUCGUCUCUGUGGUCAAUCAGCUGGACAUGCAAGUGAUUGUCUCCAACGUCCCUCCCACCCUCGUGGAGCAAAACAAAGACCAACUCAUUGGGUAAUCAAUUUAUUUCCUCUCCAAA